AUGGGUUGUGGUGGGGCUGGUGGGGGUGGUGGACUGGGGUUGGGGGUGGCAGUGAAGGUUGGGGGAGUGGCUGGGUUUGGCGGUGGGGGUUGGAGACUAGGGAUGGGGGUGAUGGUGAGGGUGCACAAAGAGUGGAAAGGGGUGGAGCUGGGGCUGUGGGUGGCGGCAUGGGUUGGGGUGGGAUUGGUGUUGGUGGGGGUGGCGGUAAGGGUGGCAGGGGCUGGCGGUGGGGGUAGGAUGGUGGAGGUGCGAGUGGUGUCGUGGGUUGCGAGGGUGGAGUGGGGGGGUGGAGGUGCGAGUGGUGCGGGUGCCGUGGGUUGUGGCGGUGGCGGUGAGGGUGUGGGGGGAGGGUAG